AUGGAUUAUAUUACGUUGGGUUGUCUACCGGACGAAGUGAUGAUUGAGAUUUUAUUGCGGCUCUCACCGGAGUGUCUCAUGCGAUUCAAAGCUGUUAGCAAGUCGUGGUAUGAUCUCAUCGAGGAUCCUGAAUUUGCAGUCAAACACUUGAUGUUUUCUGUGCAACAACAAAACCUUCCCAAUGCACCCCCCACUGUUCUUUUAAAGAGUCUAGUGUCGAGGGACUCUGAGACGAAACAAAACAUAUUGUCCUUUCUCACACUUUCCAACAACGAUGUUGAUGACAGUGGAUCUACUGUGGACAUUGAUGUACCAUUGUUUGAGAACUCUGUAGCUAUGGAUUUCAAGGGUCAUUCUCACGGCAUAGUAUGUUUGUCUGAAAACCGCACCGAAAUCUUCUUGUGCAAUCCAGCUACAAGGGAGUUUUAUCAACUUCCACCAUCGAUUAUUCUUCUAAAAGAAAGACCACUAGAGCCAGAUGGAUUUGAUUCUUCUACGAAUGCGGUGGGGUUUGGAUACGAUUCAGUGUCGAUGGAUUUCAAGGUGGUAAGAGUUGUGGAUUAUUGGGAAGGCCCUUUUUGCUACCCUUCUAAAGCAGAAGUGUACAGUUUGAGCACAGGGCAUUGGAGAGAAGUAAAAAGUCAUCAAAGUGUUUCUGUAUAUUGGGCUCCUUCAUUUGAGACGUUUUACGAAGGCAUAUAUUAUUGGUGGGCUGAGCAUUCGUACAGAAUGGAGAAUAGUGAAGUUAUCCAAACCUUCGACAUGAGUCAAGAGGUCUUCCAACUGAUUCCAGUGCCAGAUACUUUUAGGAGAUUCGAUGAUGAUUAUAGAAGCCUUGGUGUUUGGAAGGGGUCAAUUGUUAUUUUACAUUAUCCAGUAGAUGGGGAGGAGAAAAUGUUUGACAUGUGGGCGAUGGAGAAUAAUCAAAAGGGUGAGGUUUCAUGGUCCAUGUUAAUGAGAAUUGGUCCUAUUUCAGGUGUCGAAAUACCAUUGUUGUUUGUGCACAACUGUGAUGAACUUCUUAUGGAAGCAAAGGAUGGACGCGUGGUUUCGUACAACAUGAACACCCAACAUCUGAAGCAACUUCCAAUUAAAGGCCAUCCAGAAAGGUUCGAAGCUACAAAUUUUGUCAAAACUCUAUUGUCUAUCAAGAGUGGAAGUAAGUUUGAUAUUCAAGUUGCCUCCCAAACCAUAUAA